AUGUCAUCUCGUGUGCUCAAAAACCUCAUCGCCAUGCUGGAGGCUGAAGAAGCCGAAGCUGCAAAAUCGGACAACCAUGGUACUGCUAACGCAUUUAACAACCGUGGUAGCGGAAACCAAGACUUCUCCAGUGCCAGAAUCAACAGCGGUUCAAAUUCCGGGGACCGAAAGAAAUACCGCACCACCAACAAUCAUGGAGAGCGUACCGUAAAAAACAGUGGUACUUUCUAUGGUAAUGGCAAUGGAGGGUAUACUGAGGGUAACUCUGACGCAUCCACAAGGAACAUUUACAAAUAG